UUUUGGUGAGUGGAGGAAGCUUCGAGACAAACAGGAGAUUCCUGGUAUCAUCUUCAUGUAACUUGUUGCAUGCUGUAUUGUUUGGGCCGCACAAACGCAGUCCAGCUGGAAUGAUACACAGCGUGACAACUUUAUGAAAGCAGGGGAUAGAAUGGAGCUUGCAGGAGGCCGCCAGACGACCAGCAUGCCCCCUUCUACAUCGCCCCCUCCAGGGGGCAAAGCUACCCUGGUUGCUGUGGAUAUAGUGGUGCUGGUUGUCUACUUUGUACUGGUUCUAGCUGUUGGCGUCUGGUCCAUGUGGAGGACGAAGCGCAGCACGGUGGAUGGUUACUUCCUGGCUGGGAAGAACAUGACCUGGUGGCCGGUGGGUGCCUCGCUGUUUGCUAGUAACAUUGGCAGUGGACAUUUCAUUGGCCUGGCAGGGUCAGGAGCUGCAGCAGGAAUUGGGGCUAUUGCAUAUGAGUGGAAUGGCAUGCUGAUGGUGCUGCUGCUGGGAUGGCUGUUCCUGCCCAUUUAUAUCGCCUCUGGGGUGACAACGAUGCCAGAAUACUUGCAGAAGCGCUUUGGUGGUAGAAGAACACAGUUAUUUAUUGCUGUCCUGUCCUUAUUUAUUUACAUCUUCACAAAGAUAUCGGUGGACAUGUAUGCAGGUGCAGUGUUCAUUCAGCUUGCCUUACAGUGGAACAUCUACCUGGCGGUGGUACUGCUGCUGUCAGUCACUGCUGUCUACACUGUAGCAGGUGGCCUGGCUGCAGUUAUCUACACAGAUGCUGCUCAAACUGCUAUCAUGCUGGCAGGAUCUCUCACCCUCAUGGGCUUUAGCUUUGCGGAGGUCGGAGGCUGGAAUGCUCUGAUGGAGGGAUACGGCAACGCCAUCCCUUCAGUCCGCGUGCCAAACUCAACCUGUGGCAUGCCUCGACACGACUCCUUCCACAUAUUCAGAGACCCAGUGAACUCUGACCUGCCGUGGCCUGGGGUCAUCAUCGGCAUGUCCAUUCCCUCCAUGUGGUACUGGUGUUCAGACCAGGUGAUUGUGCAGAGAUCCUUGGCUGCUAAGACCCUAACCCAUGCAAAAGGCGGCUCACUACUGGCUGCUUAUCUGAAGAUUCUCCCUUUCUUUGCCAUCAUGCUCCCUGGCAUGAUCAGCAGGAUACUUUACACAGAUGAUGUGGCGUGUGCAGACCCUGAGUUAUGUGAAAAGAUUUGUGGAAACCCAGUGGGUUGUACGGACACUGCCUAUGCCAGACUGGUCAUGGAGCUGCUGCCUGCUGGGCUGCGAGGUUUGAUGAUGGCGGUAAUGAUUGCUGCCCUCAUGUCCUCUCUGACCUCCAUCUUUAAUAGUGCCAGCACCAUUUUCACCAUGGAUCUGUGGAAGAGUUUCAGAUCCCGUGCAUCCGAGUGGGAGCUUAUGAUUGUGGGCAGGGUGUUUGUGCUCGUGCUGGUGGUGGUGUCUGUGCUGUGGAUUCCUGUCGUCCAGGCCAGUCAGGGUGGGCAGCUUUUUAUCUACAUCCAGUCCAUCAGCACCUACCUCCAGCCCCCUGUCUCCAUCAUCUUCCUCAUGGGCUGCUUCUGGAAGAGGACUAAUGAGAAGGGUGCAUUCUGGGGCCUGGCUAUCGGCCUGUUGGUGGGCUGCAUCCGUAUGUUGUUAGACUUCAUUUACCCUGCACCCCUGUGCUAUGAGGAGGAUGACAGGCCUGGGGUUUUGAAAUACGUCCAUUACCUAUACUUCUCCAUCUUGCUGUCCUUCAUCACCCUGGUUGUGGUGGUUGUCAUCAGCCUGGCUACAGAAGAGCCCAAGCCGGAGCAGCUAAGUCGUCUCACCUGGUACACAAGGUUUGACCCUGUGGAGCCCAAAGAACAGGUCUUUUCAGUGGAGCGGAGCACUAGGACCUUAGAGGAGACUACUCGUCAGACAAAUGAGAUAGGAGAGCAGGAGAGCAGCAUUGGAAAGGCCUGUCAUCACAGGAAAGCCUCUUCAUCAUCCGUGUCCAGCGUCCAGAGCCAGUCCAGAAUGAUAUCUGCCCUCUACUGGCUGUGUGGGAUGGAGAGGAGGCAGGAAGGAGAUAAUCCUGUGACCCCUCCCGCACCUGAUAAGCCUGCCUGCUCUCUGGAAGAAAAACCACAUCUACGACUCAUUGUUAACACCAACCUCAUCAUUUGCCUCUCUGUAACUGCCUUUAUUAUUGGCUACUGGGGUUGACAGGCAGGUUAGGACACUCUCAAUAUACACAUGGUGUGUGUAAAAAGUUGUGUACAGUAUUUUUUUUCCCUUCCAGUUUUGUUUCACUCCUAUACAUAAAGAAAGAGCAAUUUUGUUCCCUUGAA